AUGAGACAAAUGCAAGGACGCCACCACAAGGACGCCAUCACGGCAAGGACGCCACCACGACAAGGACGCCCACCACGACAAGGACGCCACCACGGUACGCCACCACGACGACGCACCACGACAGGACACGACAAGGACGCCACCACGACAAGGACGCCAUCACGGCAAGGACGCCACCACGACAAGGACGCGGGACGCCAUCACGGCAAGGACGCCAUCAUGGCACGAGGACGCCAUCACGGCAAGGACGCCAUCACGGCAAGGAGGACGCCACCACGACAAGGACGCCACCACAAUAAGGACGCCAUCACGGCGGACGCCACCAAAGGACGCCAUCACCAAGGACGCCAUCACGGCAAGGACGCCAUCACGGCAAGGACGCCACCAUGGCAAGGACGCCACCACAAUAAGGACGCCAUCACGGCAAGGACGCCAUCACGGCAAGGACACCAUCGCGGACGCCACCACGACAAGGACGCCACCACACGCCAUCACGGCAAGGACGCCACCACAGGACGCAAGGACGCCAUCACGGCAAGGACACCAUCAUGGCGGGACGCCACCACGACAAGGACGCCACCACAAAGGACGCCAUCACGCAAGGACGCCAUCACGGCAAGGACACCAUCAUGGCAAGGACGCCACCACGACAAGGACGCCACCACAAUAAGGACGCCAUCACGGCAAGGACGCCAUCACGGCAAGGCAUCAUCAGGACGCCACCACGACCACACAAUAGGACGCCAUCACGGCAAGGACGCCAUCACGGCAGGACUACCAUGGCAGGACGCCAUCAUGGCAGGACGCCACCACGGUAAAGACGCCAUCUGGAGGACGCCACCACGACAAGGACGCCACCACAAUGAAGGACGCCAUCACGGCAAGGACGCCACCACAAUAAGGACGCCAUCACGGCGGACGCCACCACAAUAA